UGUGACGUUAUUUUUAGUCGGUGUCAAAGUCAAAAAUAAACCCUUCCUCUGUUCCGAAAUAUAAAUUAUUUAUUAUUAUAAUAAAAAAAUGGCCAAGAAAACGUACGACUUGCUGUUUAAAUUGUUGCUAAUCGGCGACUCUGGGGUAGGGAAAACUUGUAUCUUGUUUAGGUUUAGCGACGACGCCUUUACCACUACUUUUAUAUCAACUAUUGGUAUUGAUUUUAAAAUCAAGACUAUAGAACUAAGGGGCAAAAAAAUCAAGCUGCAAAUAUGGGACACAGCGGGACAAGAGCGGUUCCACACUAUCACCACCUCUUACUACAGAGGGGCGAUGGGUAUAAUGCUUGUUUAUGAUAUAACAAAUGAGAAAAGUUUUGAAAAUAUAGUGAAAUGGUUAAGAAAUAUAGAUGAGCACGCUAAUGAAGACGUCGAAAAAAUGAUCCUAGGCAAUAAAUGUGAUAUGGGAGAUAAGAGAACUGUUAGUAAAGAAAGGGGUGAAACGAUUGCCAAAGAACACAGCAUAAGAUUCAUGGAAACCUCCGCAAAAUCGAACAUAAACAUAGAACGGGCCUUUAAGGAGCUUGCGGAAGCGAUUUUAGAUAAAACCGCCGGCCGGGAACCCGGAGAUAACAUCGAUAAAGUGAUGGUCGAUAAAAAACCGUUGCCCAGUUCGACCAAGUCUUGUUGCAACAAUUAGGCGAUAUUUUGUAAAUUUAUUUUUAAAAUAGCUUUUUUUUCGUUAGAGUUUCUUGGGGAAGUUCGGACACCUAAGAGUGAUGGUUUUGAAGGCUUUAAAGUGAUAUUGGGGCGUUUGGAACUUCCUUAGUUUUUUUUUGUUGAAUACUUUAAAAGCUGCAAUAGAUUAAUGCGUAAGUGAAAAUUGUAUUGACAUAGAGGUGGCGUUUGUUACUUACAUACAUCGAAACCUAAUGACCCGUAUAAAAUAUUCGGAUAUUCAUUAAAAUUGUUAUCUUGUCAAAUACUCAGAAACUUAUGCAUUAACGUUAAAAAGGUUUUUUUAGACUCUCUUUUAAAAGUUCAAAUACUUUUUUAAAUCAUACUGCUUUAGACUGAUUACUGAUUUCAGUUUAUUUAAAAAAAAGACAGAAUGUACCAUAUUCAUGCGGGAGGUGUCUUCUUAUUUCCAAAUGAAGGUCUUUGAAUAUCGAUUGGUAAUAGAAUAGGGUAAAUGGUCUUCUAAUUGCUAGUUUUGUAAUGGGGUUUUUAAGUGAAAUUUUUCUGGCGAAAUCAUACUAAAAUCUAAAAUUUUCACUUUUUCUUGUAGUAGACUGUUGCAACUUCAAUAAAAGUUAUGUUUAUCCAACCGAUAGUGCUUAAAUAAACUUUAUAAAUUUGUUUUGUUACUUAAUGAGUUUACACAGCAGGUUUUCUGAUCACAAACAAGUUUGCAAUGCUCCAUAAUAAAAAAAAGUACUAUUUUCUUUUUUACUUACUUUUUUUACUAAAAUGGAUCUUAAUAGUCAUAAGGAACUCUUAAUAUUGCACUCUUAAUUUUAACUAAUACUUAAAUAACAUUUAUUAAUGGUUCUAAAUAUGGUUUGAGUUUCGUACGAUUUUUUUAUUUGGAUUGAAAUGAGCUUUUCAGAUAUAAAUGAAGAAUUUUUGUACCCUACAAACAGAAUUUGUGAGGUGCAAACAAGCAAAUAAUCCAAAAUGCUCGCUUUCUGCUUGGAGAAAACCAUCGAAACCUUGUAAUUUAGGAAAGGUCUUGUUUCUCUAACCGGAACGGUUUAAAUAACUUCAAACUGUAAAUUUCAAGCAAGGGAAUUUAACCCCAAAAAGCAGAUUUCCAAAAACAAGUUUCCAAUGCUACAUAGUUAAAAAAAAAUAAUCGAUCGAAUCCCAAUUAAUACUUAAACUUAUUUUUUAUUUUCAUUUCUUUAAAAAGUGCAUACAUCAAAAUAACACAAAAAUACUUGCUUAUUUCAAAUAAUUUUACGGCAAACACUAAUUUUAAAAAUAAAUUCAAAGACCAAAGAACUCACAUUUAGAAAUAGGAUGAAUCUGCCCUUACAAAAUAUUAUUUUUUCACUACAAAUUUUAUUUAUUUCAUAAGAAAACAUUAUAUUUUGUAUAUAAAGGCGAUAUACUCAUUAUUUUUGUGCCAGUUGCUUAUAGAAUUAUCUUAUUUUUGAAUUUUAUUUGAGCCAUUUGUAUAUUUUGUUUAUUUUUAUUUAGCUUUUAGGUUUACUAUGACAGAUUCACGUACUUAUACAUAGUACAAUACACUUUAAAAAUUCACUUAUAUUAUCUCAAACUCAAGAAAUCUUUCUACAGAAAUUUAUAUUCUAUAACAUUAAGAGUUUUCGGGGUGUGAAAAAGCGUACUGCACUGUAUUCUUUUUAUAUUGGUGUGCCAAUACUAAUGCAGUAUUUCAAUACAAGAUCUUUCUUUUCGUAAACUUCAAUUGCCAUCUUAAUUUUUAUCGUAAGCAAAGUCAAUACCAAAUAUUUAUAAGUGAAGCUUUUUUUGUAUAAAAAACAUGUCUAAAAACAUAUAAUAUCAUUAAGCUACUGUGUUAUAGGAUAGUUUUUAACAAAUUUAAGUCUUAAGUAUAAAGCAAUAUUAGGAAACAUGUGCUUCGUUUUUUGUACUGGCUCCAUCGUAGGCGCCGCCAAAACCAAAAUAAUAUGUGUUUUAGUUAGAAAACACAGUUUAUUUUUGUUUUUUUUUGCGUGGACGGGUCUAUAUGUUUUUAUUUGUCUUAUGUAAAAAUAACCGGAUUCGCGCUUUUCAGUGAUUUCAAGCCCAGUUUGCUUUGUCACGUUUUAUUUUUAAAAUGGUGUAUUUACAGUAAAAUUUGUUAAAUAAAA